UCGGUUCAGGCCUUCAGGGUAUUGGGGUUUGCAUUGCGGCGCAAACUACUGCCGUGCCAUGGCGCUCCUCUUCUUCGACCUCAGCCUCCUCCCUUCUUCUUCUUCCUCUUCUUCUUCUUCCAACUCCCGCCUCCUCCCCGCCGCUCGCGCCCUCGAGCUUGGCUAUGCCGCCGUCGCCCUCGACCACCCCCACCGCGGCCUCCUUGCCGACUCCGACCGCUGCCGCCUCGCUCCCUUCCCGGCCCUCUCAUCCCUCCCACUGCCAUCCUCCGCCUCCCUCCACCGCAGCCGCAACGGAUCCCCCGCCUCAGAACCCUUUCGGCAGUACACGCGCAUCACCCUCUCCCUCGACUCCGCCGCCGCCGCCGCAUCCGCGCUCGCCCCCUCCGCCGCCCGCCUCCUCCGCACCUACGACAUCGUCGCCGCGCGCCCUCUCACCCAGGCCGCGCUCGACCACCUCUGCCAGAGCGCCACGGAGGCUGAUCUCAUCUCCAUCGACUUCUCUCACAAACUGCCGUUCCGCCUCAAGCUCCCAAUGCUCAAACUUGCGAUACAGAGAGGACUGCAUUUUGAGAUUGCAUACUCUCCACUCAUCAAUGAUGCCAAUUCAAGGAGACAAGUUUUGACCGAGGCCAAGCUAUUGGUGGAUUGGACUAAAGGAAAGAAUCUCAUCAUCUCAAGUUCUGCUCGCAACGCUAAUGAAAUUAGAGGGCCUUAUGAUGUCAUCAAUUUAUGUGCAUAUUUGCUUGGCCUUUCUACAGAGCGGGCCAAGGCUGCUAUGUCUGUAAACUGCAGGUCACUGAUUUCCAAGGCCCUAAGCAAGAAACAUUUCUACAAACAAACAGUUAGUAUUGACAGACUGUUAUCAAGUGGACAACUGGAUUCAACAAAGUGUAAGCUUGGUGACUGGAUUGGUUGGGAUCCUCUAUUUCCUAAAGGAGAUCUGCAGUCUUUGGAGGCAAAUCUAAAACCUUCUUCCAAAAAAGAUGAACUACCGGGUUCAGCCAUAAAUAGUGUCACCAGAGUGGUAUAUGAAAAAUCUUGUGAUGCUGACGAACCUCUCUUGGUUGAUGAGCCAAAGCAGUCUAACGAUGAUAAAGAGACCCCAGCCAAAACUCAAGAAGGGACCGAACAAGUUAACACAGCUGAAGUUCUUAUGAGUUGCAACCUGUCUACAUCUUUCGGUCAUCAGACCGUUGCUAAAGAGACCACUUUGGAGAAGCCUGGAAACAAUGAAGUUGUUAUGACUGAUAAUGUGCAUGCAGUGUCCGCCUCUUCUGUUGACCAGAAAUGCAUCGACGAUCAUGUUGAAUUUGUUCAGGAUGCUAUGGAGAUAGAUGCUACAGAAUCAUGCGCGUUGAACCUCAUUGCAGGUGACAGUGCUCAUUUAUCUUUGGAUGCUACUAAGCUAGCAUGCUCUUCUCUUUCCCAGACUAUGGAGCUUUCUUAUACUAGUCCUGACGACAAGUAUCCUGUCAAGGCUAGUGACAUCCUAGAUGGCGCUAAGGCUUUUGCUGCAUAUGACACUGGCUCCGCCUCCUGCGAGAGGGAGUAUCAGGUACUGCUGAAUCAUGAAAUUCCAGUUGAUUCAAAGGUUCACAGAGAUACUACAGAAUCAUUGGGGUGCUCUGAAGGUUGGAGAGAUGACGAGUCACCUUUAAAUCUCGUACUUGCGUUGAGUAGUAGUAAUUUAUGCAAGGACACUGUACUGCAACAAGAAGUUAAUAAGGACAAACCAGACCAAAAUAUGGAGGAAAAUAUUGAACAGGCUACAAGUUAUAAGGUGGGACACAUUGACAGCGAAGCAAGCAAAACAGUUUCAGCAGAACAUACUCUCCAUGGACAAGACAUCAGUUCAACUGCUUUUGUUUAUGAUAAGGAAACCAAAGACACAGCUUGGAAAACUAACGAGUUGAAAGAACCAAAGGAAACCAAUGCUUCUUUGGAGAAAGAUAUUGCUAAAACACAUCAAAUGCUUAAUUAUUCUCGUGCAGGUACCAAGGGGGAGAUAUCUACAGCUAGAUCAGAAAAGCAAAAACAUAAAUUAUGGCUGCGCCGUCCAGCUUAUCUUCCUUUCUUGGGCUUUCUAAAGACUGUGUCUUUCAAGAAGAAAGCAUGCAAAGUUGCAAGGAAACCAUAACAACUGUUCGGACUUGGGAGUAUACAAUUUUAGCAUUUGCUGCAUACUGAAGCCAAAUGAAUCUGUGUCCAAUGCUAUAGCCUGGUGCCCUUUGACUUUAUCUUGUCGGUUGGCUGAGCCCACUUGAAGGUUGGCGAGCUCGUGUUGUCAGGCUAUGUCAACGUGAUACGCAAUUCCUGAGUGGGCUACAUACUGUAGGGAUUCAUCAGGACCUCUAUCAUUAUAGGAGAAUGGAGCCCUGUGAUUGGUUGAGGACACUUCAGUGAUCUUACCAACCAAUUGCCAACUGAAAACAGCGUCCUGGGUCUAUAGCAGCAAGUUUUGUGUCCAAUAGAUGCUUGAAACAACACAGAUUCUUGUGGGGCUCUAUUGUAUAGGCUGCAAUGUUCAAAGGGGAAAUCAUUCUUCCCAACCGAAAUCUUGGGAGAUGUCACUUUUGAAGGGUAAUCAUAGUAGUGCGGGCGGACUUUGGAGGGACAAAGUCACAUCAGGGGCUGUCUUUCACACUUGCAUUUAGUCUUAGUCUCCAGUGAGCUUCCUGAGCAUCUUUAUUUUCCCCAUCUUGGAUACAAUAAACUGCAUUAGUUUCCUCUCUUUUCCUUUGUGUCCAUGCUCCCCAUUGUUGUAACUAAGAAAUGAUUAGGAAUGAGAGAACCUUAGAAUCACCUAAAUACUUCCUGACUUUUGAUUCAUGGAACGAAGUGGUAGGCCCUGUUGUUGCUUUGUAGUCAA